GCAUGCAGGAAAGACAGCCAUUUUGCACCGUCCCUGUUUCACCCAGAAAGUAGGGUUGUCGUGGGAAGACGUAAUCUGAGAAAACUAACUAAUUCACAAAUCCCACUAAACAAUCAUUUACCUGUGUCAGCACACCAUACCUACUCAGUUCCCUCCGUUUGAAAAAGGGGGCAUCGAGGGUUGACGGGAGCAACGUUUUAGAAAAGCAAGGGCACAGAGAGGCAUUUAACAAAGUCACUGGAUGGAUAGCAUCGACGCUGAAGCCCUCUACCUGACCACAGCGCAGAUCGGGCAACCUCAAUGCGAGCUUUCCCUUCCUGCUGUGGAAGUACCUGCCCUUGGCGGAACCAAGAAGAUGAAUGGGUCUCUGGACCACCCAGACCAGCCCGACAUUGAUGCUAUAAAGAUGUUUGUGGGUCAGGUCCCCCGGACGUGGUCAGAGGAUCAGCUGCGUGAGCUGUUUGAGCCCUAUGGUGCAGUUUAUGAAAUCAAUGUUCUUCGGGACAGGAGUCAGAACCCCCCACAGAGUAAAGGUUGUUGUUUUGUCACAUAUUACACCCGUAAAUCUGCGUUAGAAGCACAAAAUGCCCUUCACAACAUGAAGAUUCUUCCAGGGAUGCAUCAUCCCAUACAGAUGAAACCUGCAGACAGUGAAAAAAACAAUGCGGUAGAAGAUAGAAAGCUGUUUAUUGGAAUGGUUUCAAAGAAGUGUAAUGAGAAUGACAUAAGGCUCAUGUUUUCUCCAUACGGUCAAAUUGAGGAGUGCCGUAUACUGAGAGGCCCUGACGGACUGAGCCGCGGCUGUGCCUUCGUCACAUUCACAGCGAGACAGAUGGCCCAGUCUGCCAUCAAAUCCAUGCAUCAGUCACAGACCAUGGAGGGCUGCUCUUCUCCCAUCGUGGUGAAGUUUGCAGACACACAGAAGGAUAAGGAACAGAAACGCAUCACUCAGCAGCUGCAGCAACAGAUGCAGCAGCUCAACGCUGCCUCCAUGUGGGGAAACCUUACAGGACUGAACUCACUGGGGCCACAGUACCUUGCACUUUAUUUGCAGCUUCUACAGCAGUCUGCAUCCUCUGGAAAUGCGCUCAACAAUCUCCAUCCAAUGUCAGGUCUGAAUGCCAUGCAGAAUCUGGCUGCAUUAGCAGCAGCAGCGAGUGCUACACAGGCUACACCCACAGGUAGCAGUGCUCUGACCACCUCCAGCUCCCCUCUCAGUGUCCUCACCAGCUCAGGUAUGCCCUCCGGACAGCCCGCUCAAUCUGCCUGGGACGCCUACAAGGCGGGUUCCUCUCCCACCUCCAGUUCUAGUAAUUCGAUGAACCCCAUGGCGUCUUUAGGUGCUCUUCAGUCUCUUGCUGCGGGCGCUGGAGCAGGUCUCAACAUGAGCUCCCUAGCAAGCAUGGCUGCUCUGAAUGGUGGUCUGGGCAGUGGAGGUCUCUCUAACGGCUCGGGGAGCACUAUGGAGGCUCUGACUCAGGCAGCCUAUUCCGGAAUCCAGCAGUAUGCCGCUGCCGCACUGCCUAGCCUCUAUAGUCAGAGUUUACUGUCUCAGCAGAACGUUAGUGCCGCUGGCAGCCAGAAGGAAGCAAGUCCCAAUCAGAGUGCGGGCCCUGAAGGAGCAAACUUGUUCAUCUACCAUCUGCCACAGGAGUUUGGUGAUCAGGAUUUGCUGCAGAUGUUUAUGCCUUUCGGCAAUGUUAUCUCUGCCAAGGUCUUCAUUGACAAACAGACCAACCUUAGCAAAUGUUUUGGCUUUGUAAGUUACGACAAUCCAGUUUCGUCCCAGGCGGCCAUUCAGUCAAUGAACGGUUUUCAGAUUGGAAUGAAGCGGCUGAAGGUGCAACUUAAACGAUCCAAAAAUGACAGCAAGCCAUACUGAGUGCUUUUACUCUCAAAUGGACUUGUUUUGAAAAUGUUUUUCUGAUAUCUUCGUGCCCGUUUGUCAUCGUUUGCCUAGCAUGUCGAUGUGACGUCAAAAGUUCAUCGUCCAGUCCGUUGUCCUCUUCGCUUCUCUGACGCUUGAAAUUUCACACUUGACCUUUUUUGUUAACUUUUGACGCUUAUUGAUUACUUAUUUUGUUUGUUUCUUUGUGUGAUGUUCAUUUCUGUCAUUUGUGCUGCCAAUAGGGAGCGUUAGAAAGACUGCUAAAAGUGUAAAAAGUUUCAUGAAAAUUGUUCUGAGCAAAGAGUCUAUUUUUCUAGAACGUACAAACAUAACCACUAGAUUUUUGCAGAAGCUUUUAAUUUUCAUGGUUUCAUUUUUCAGAUUUAUUUUUUCUUUAUUGGUUUUUAUUGUUUUAAGCAGUCUUCCUAGCGCUUCUAAUUGUAUUUUUUUUUUCUUCAAGCAGCCAUUCAGUUUAUAGAAUCACUUUUGUGUGUUCAAGUGUGGGUGUGUUUCCCUUUCUCUCACUUGUUAGUUCUAAAACUUUUAGAGGAUGUUUUCGUCACAUUUUGCUGAAAUUGAGGAUAAACUUUGUAAUUUUGUGUUAGGUUAGUUGGCAUGAUGUAAUUUUGGGAGUUUUUAUUAACAGAGUGACAUUACAAUAGACACUUGAAUUGCCUUUUUUCUUUGUGUGUCGAGCCAACAUAGGCACAUGUUUUUCAUUUCCUUAUUGUGUGAAAAUCAGGAUUAGAUGAAAUAAUGCAUAGAAUGAGCAGAGUUGAAUUUCUUGUCACAGGUAAAUAUUAAGCAUGCAUGUUUUUUUUUUUGUAAGUGCACUGAAAUCCUCAGCAAAAUGUGAUCUAGUUCUGUUUCAAAAAGUCAAGAUGAAUAAAGUGGUGCCAAAAGUUUUGCAUGUUGCUGUUGGUUACAUUUGCAGUAUGUUUCACAUCAUGUUUAUGGCUCCUGCUACAAUGACACGUACUCAUUUUGAUGGUUUAAGAUUUUAAAAAAACAAUACAAUGUGUGUUUACGUAAUGGGUUAAAGUGAGUUUUAAAUGCAUUCUUGUUACAAAAACUGAAGUGAUUUUCAAAUGAGCCCUUAGAUAUAAAUGAUUGUGCCUACAACAGCAAAAACAUAUGCUCUUAAAAUGUUGUUCAGUUAAUGACAAUUUGUUAUAACCAUACAGUUGGUCUGUUUUACACUCAGCUUGCAGGCAUUUUCCCCCCAUUCUGGCAUCUGUACAAGUUGUGAAGUUCUGGACUGAUUGGUAGAGCUCAACUGCAGCUUUGCCCCUAAACCUUUAGUUUGGGGGGGGGGGGCAACUCUCUAAUGUCCAACAUGUCUACAUGGAUGAAGAGGUUUUUUUUUUUUUUUUUUAAGAUGUAUUCUGACAGAUUUAUCUAAUUGGGGGUUGAGGUGGUUGUUUUCUAUUUAGAUUUUAAGCUGCUGUUUUGUGAGUUUAUAUGUAUUCUGAGAAAAUUUCCUGUGGGAUGUUUGUCAUUACUGGUACAGAGUGAUUGUAUUUAACAUUUAAGAUUUGUACAGAUUUUGCCUUUUCUACUUCAUAAGUUGUUUCACAAUGUAAGUUCCAGUAAGUAGAAGCAUGUAGACUGUAACACCAUGACCAAACAUCAACCUGUACAAAAUAACCAAAUCACAGACAAAAAAAUCAACUCCACAAAACAGCCUUUAACGGAAGAUGUUUUUUUUUUUUUUUGGGUCAUUCAAGUUGUGUGGUUUUCAUUGAAAGUGUAGAGAGUGCAGAAUUUAUUAGAUGUCUGAAACAAGUGUGUUUGUAUUAAGUUGGUUCAGGAUUUUAUGCUACUGUCUCUACAGAAAUCUAGAAAAGUGGACACCUACGAAACAGUCAUCUGGUAGUUUCUUUAGUUCAUGUAUGAUUAAACUGUUUGAAAAGA